AUUUUAGCGGAAUCUCCGCUAAAUUCAGCAGCAUCGUCUUCAAAACCACCACUUCUCUCUCUACCCACUCACACACAGACACAGUGACUCUCUCUCUCUCUCUUUCUAACACUCAAUCGAUUGUUUUCAGUUGUUGCGAGUUUGAGAAAAUGAAAGCUUCAAUCAAGUUUCGUGAAGACCAAAAGCCUCUGUUUCGGGCCAAAGUUCCAGUCAACAUCCUAGGGUUUCCAUUUCAAUCCGGUAUAGUUGCUGGUGAAUCCAAAGAACUCUCUUUGAAUCUCGGCACUUUCUUCGAUUCAGGUCCCUCUCUGAAGAUUGCCUAUCGUCCCAAUGAUUCGCUCAAUCCUUUCGGUCUCGUAUUCAAAACCGGAACUGGUCACUUCGGGUCGCCGAUUUCGAGCUCCAUGACCAUGAGCGCUGAGUUCAAUCUGAUCGGCAACCAAAACCCUAGCUUCUUCGUUCACUUCAAGCCUCAGUUCGGCGACUUCUCGAUUAAGAAGUCACAAUCGUCGGAUUUUGUGAAGAACAUUAAAGCAAAACCAAACGGCGUCGUGCCGGCAGAUGAUGCCUCGGUGGAGGUAAUCGAUACGCCGCUUGUGAAAAGUGGGUACUUCACGGAGAACGGACUGUUCUCCGGCGAUAAAAUUACGAUUUCGCCCUCGGAAUCUCAGGCGGCGAGUAUGAUUGGAGCUUUAUUAAACGGUACGGAGGUGAGUGCGAGGACCGUCUUACCGGUGAGAAAGAGCGCCGUCGUGAAGUUCCGUUGGGGAGUAAGAUUCCCGGCGGCGGCAGAGGAGGGGUUAGCGGCGAAGACUAAUCCGACGGCUGGGAGUUCGUUUCAGAAGAUUCCGCUGCUCGUGAUGAACAAAAUUGGGGUCGAACACGUGGUGGAAGAUGAUCCAAAUGAUUCAAACAAGGUGGGACCGACUCUACAGUCGCCGGGAAAUGCCGAAGUGGCAGAGGCAUGCUUCAAAGUUAAGCAACAGCUAGAAGUUAUACAAGCUGAGAAUGGGUUACUUAGAAAAACUUUAGAUGAUCUGAGGUUGGAAAUUGUCGGCGGAAAAUCGGCAGGAGUGGUUGAUUUUGGCAAGUACAGAGAAGGGGUCAAAACUUCUGGGGGUAAAGUUGAUCGGAGGGGCAACGGCGAUAAGAGAUCAUCGGAAUCAAAUGGUUUUGGCGGUAAGGCGACGGAAGGGGACGUGAAUGAGGAGUUGAAGAAGGCGUUGAUGGGGGCUACUGGUGCCUGAAUCUGACGACACUGCCGGAAAUAUGUAAUCUGAUUCAAUCUACUGUUCUAUAGUUUGCAUUAGGAAGGACUCAGACUCAGUUUUUAUUUCUUUUCUUUUUUCUGGGAGUGAGGUGAGGUUUCAAUUGGCGUAUGUUUUAGUUUUUGAAUUGUUUGUGAUUUUGUUAAAAAAUUGGGUUUUUGUUUGGUCAUUAAGAUGUGGACCAUAUGGUUGUGUAAAUUUGUUUUAUGUGUUUUAUACAUAAGGUUAUGUUUGGAGUC